GGUGGCGACGUCGCGUAGCACAAUGUUGGUCCUCCAAGCAGGCGAAGAAGAAGAAGCUGCAAUAGACGAAGAAGAAAGAACGGCGCUUGGCGGUUCAUCACAAACCAGCGCCAAUGUUGUCAUAAGUGUCGUCUUUAUCAACAAAAUGGACAAAGUCGGAGAUGUUGACUCGUACGAGAUCGAGGAGCCGAGCGACGAGGAGAGAGCAGCGAGCAGUUCGGAGGACGAGCUGGACGUGCUGCUCAGCGGCACACCGGAGCAGAAGAAGAAGCUGAUCAGGGAGUAUCUGACCGGGGAGAGUGAGUCCUCCAGCGGGGAUGAGUUCCAGAAGGAGAUGGAAGCUGAGCUCAGCUCCACCAUUAAGACCAUGGAGGACACCUGGGGACCCACCUGCACUACAGCAGGAAGCGUGGUAGCCAACCCUCCCAUGUAUGACAAAAUCUACUUUGACUCCGACUCCGAUCAAGAAGACGACCAGCCCAGUAGCUCCAGCGGGCGGCGGCGGGCACAGCGGGUCAUCCUGACCAACGACGAGCUGCUGUACGACCCCGACGAGGACGAGCGGGACCAGGCCUGGGUGGACGCCAGACGCAGACGCUACAACAGGAAGCGACCGUCCACGGCGGCCAACGGGCGGCGCUCCCAGGCCGCCAGUCUACCCAGCAGCGAUGCCGUCCUCAACUGUCCCGCCUGCAUGACCACGCUGUGUCUGGACUGUCAGAGGCACGACAAGUACCGCACGCAGUACCGCGCCAUGUUCGUCAUGAACUGCACGGUGAGGAAGGACCAGGUGCUGCGCUACCAAGGCCCCACGGGCAGGAAGCCCCGCGGCAGGAAGCGGCGGAAGGCAGAAGACGAGACGCCGGAGCGGGUGCCGGAGCGGGUGCCGGUGCAGGUGCCGGAGCGGGUGCCGGUGCAGGUGCCGGAGCAGGCGCCGCAGCGGGUGCCGGCAGGGAUGGACGCCGACGAGGUCUACCGUCCCGUGUGCUGCUCCGAGUGUUCCACGGAGGUGGCCGUGAUGGACAAGGACGAGGUCUACCACUUCUUCAACAUCCUGUCCAGCCACUGCUGACGCCACCUGUCUUUCUCUUUUUCACAAUGAGCGCCCCCUAGUGGACCAUAGGACCAACACACCUUUUUUUUUUCAGUCCUGCUUUUAGACUCGGAGUGGCCAAACCUUCUAAAAACUGAAAAGCUAGUAAGGGCACACUUUAUUCAAUAAAUCAAACUUUCAAAUAA